AUGGACUUCAUCGCGACGUAUCGCGGUAGGGCGCUGAUUUUCGUAGUGGGCGCUGCGCUGUCCAUUGUUUACCAAAUAGAGAAGCCGUACGCUUGGAGUAUACAGGAAACCUUAGUCGUAAACCGGAAUAGAGACGACGUAUUCACAGCGGCGACAUCGGAGCAAUGGAUAGCCAAGUUUCUCCCUUUCGUCGACUCGGUGCAUCAGGUGGACGAGAGCAAGCCGGUGGCCAAAAAUACGCUUUUCAUCUCUCAUUUCUCAAUACCAAUCUAUGGUGAUAUCAAAAACACCUUCAGAGUAAUAGAUCAUUCGGAAGGCAAGGUGUUCCGGCUAUUCGGUAGUUCACCUUGGCUGCGACCCGUGCUGACGGUGAAAACUAAGCAGAUGGGGGAAAAGACUGAAGUCACGAUCAUUGUUACCUUCUGGCGUAAUAGCAUGCUAUUCCAGGCAACCCUGGCACCGUUCUUGUGGUUGGCGCAUCAGGACUCGCUCAGACAAUCUCUACUGCUGCUCCGGAUCGAUUUACAGGAUUAG